AUGGAGGACACAUCCUACCUUGCCAGAAAGGCUCAGCUGCACGAGCUUGGUGGAAGGCUCUACUUCAGAGAGCACUGGUGGAAGCUCAAUGACCAAUCAAACCGGCAGUCCGAUGCAAGGCUUACUUCGCUCGGUUUCGGUUUCCUCUCGACUCGGAACUUUGCUUGCAUUCGAAAGACUUCUUGGUCUCGUGUUGCCUAUCUGUGUACCCGCGCCCAGCGAGGCAUGAUAUCCUACGAUAAGCGGCUCAUCGGGGAUCUGCGCCAGUUUUGCAAAGAGCGAGAUUUUCAAAUGUUCAAGAACCUCAAGAAGAAAGAAUUGAUUGAGCUUCUUGAGCGCAAAGAUGAGGAAGCUACAUUUCCAAGAUUCAUGGAACUGCCACCAGAGUUACGAAUCAUGAUCUACGAACAUUCUUUCGAUACAUCAAUCGACCACAGUGGAAGCUCGCAGUGGCAGGAAUGGCGGGCAUCCUCGUUUUAUACAAUUCCGCCGCGGGUAACAUAUGCCAGUAAAGCGCUGCGCCAGGAGUCCCUCCCAAUCUUCUACACUGGUGGUCUGCUCAAGAUCAGAAUGAACGUCAGACAAGCCACGCAUGGAUUCACGAUCAAGGAAAACGGCUUCGCAACUUUAUUCUUUGCAAAGGCGUCGCAAGCUACUCUGGAAUGUGUCAAGGCGAUCCAGGUCACGUUUGAUUGCAACUUCCAGGAGACAUCCGCAUCGUGGUUGUCGUUCCGGGACGAAUGGAUCGUCACCAUCACUCUACCGACCGCCAGCACACCAUACCAGAUCACCCAAGUAUCCCACCCAUCACGGAGGUAUGCGCCUGUCGGGCUUCCGGUUCAUCAGAAACUGCUGGAGAAGAGUCUGGGCGAGAUUUUAGAAGGCAUGGUAUCCAAAGCGAAGGGAAAGCGCACCACUUUCGAGCGAGGAGACAUCUUUGAGAUUCGUCGUGCUUUCCAGGAGCUGGGGGACGCUUUGGAGAAGAAGCGAGUCUCUUGA